UCAUGCCACCCAUUGACUGUCCUUUGUUUACUCAUGCUCACAUUUUCUUUAUUCUGCAGAUGUUGUCCCCUGCAACCUCUCAGAAUUCUGAACAGUAUAAAAGCACCUGAACUGUUGUGCAUUUGUCUUCACCCCUCUCAACAGCAAGUGCCUCCAACCACACUCCCCAGGCCACCCUUCGCCUCCAAGGCUCCCAAGUCCCAAAUUCACAUCUAAAUGGAGGCUGGAGGCCUGAUUUCGGAGGCUGGCUGGACCAUGUUUGACUUCCCGCCGCAGGGCGAGGAGUCCGAUAUCAUGGCGCAGCUGCUUGGCACCUUCCCCUCCCAUGCCGAGGAAGCCCAGCAGGAUCUGCCUUGGUAUCAGGCUUCCCAUCCAUCCUACUAUGACAGUGAUGUUCAUACAAGUGCGUGUAGUGACAGCAAUGAUGGUAGCUUUGCUGUUCCAUCCGAGUGCAUGGGCUACUAUUUGGGUGAUUCAAGUGAGGCCCUGGGCAUCAGCUCCUGCACUGUACCACAGGACUUGAACUUGGUCCAGGAGCAAGGUGCUACCGAGUUUCUGAAUAUGAUCCCAACCAUUUCCCAUGAUUUGUUCGGGAAGGGCGAGUCAAGCUGCGAGGGUCUCGACUCGGUCAGUGCUACUAACAAGAGGAAGCAUUCGGUGGAAGAAGAAAUCAAUGGCCAAGCGAGAGGUCGGAAAUGCGCAAGGAAGGCUGCACCAAAGCGAGCAAAGAACGCGAAGCAAACCGAAGCGAGCUGCUGCACCUCUGACAAUGACUCGAAUGCUUCUCAAGAGUCUGCAGAUGCUGGUGUUACUCCAAAAGGCAAGGCCCGGGCUGGACGCGGGGCGGCAACCGAUCCCCAGAGCCUCUAUGCAAGGAAAAGGAGGAAAAGGAUCAACGAGAGGCUGAAGACACUGCAGACCCUUGUGCCCAAUGGAACCAAAGUAGAUAUGAGCACCAUGCUUGAAGAGGCAGUCCAGCAUGUCAAAUUCCUGCAACUCCAGAUCAAGGUCCUCAGCUCUGAUGAAAUGUGGAUGUACGCGCGGAUUGCGUACAACGGGAUGAACAUUGGACUUGAUCUGAACAUGUAGAGAUGAUUUUGGCAGUCUCGAGCGGGGAAUGCAGUUUGUGUUUGAGAUAAACGAGUUCUCCACUAACCAUUCGAUGUACCUGUGUUACCAUGUGUCGUUUUGGAAUCUGUUAUACAGAUCAUCAUAGGCGCAGCAGUAGCAUACUUAAACUUGUGAAGAGGCCCUCUUAGAGGAUCAGUAAACUGAAGAUAAUACUACCAUUUUCUUGACAUUAGCAUGAAAUGCAAGAUCUUGAAAACUUGUAGAUUUGUAUUUGUUUUCUUUGGAGCAAAUAUAGUUCUUUUGUUGGCA